AUGGAUCUUUUGCAGAAAAUCAUCACCUUAGGCAACUCAAUCUAUAAACAGUGUGAGAAGAUGAAAUACUGCCAGAAGCAGUGCCAACGUCUGGGGGAACGAGUCAAAGGCCUGUUAAAGCCACUGAUAAGUCUCCAGGCCCAAGAAGGGAGUAAUCUGGAGGGUCUCACGCCCACCCUCAAGCGUUUCCAGAUGGUCCUUAAAGAAUCCAAGCAGCUGAUAGAAAAGUACAAUACGAAAUCUAAUGUCGAGAAGUUUCUAAAAGCAGGCCAGAACAAAAUCCUCUUCAGUGACGUGAACAGGCGCCUGAGUGAUGUCUGGGAGGAGCUUUCUCUGCAUCUUCAGGUGCAACAACUAGGGCAGGGGACUGGCCCCAGUGAAAGAGCCUCAUGGGCCCGGGAAGAUCAGCUGGAUGCAGAGGAAGACAGACAAGCCCUUCACAUGCUGGCAGAAGAAAGAAAAUUGAGAGAAACUUCAAUGAGGCAAAUGGAAAAAUGCCUGAAAGGAGCCAUGCAAGCCUUCAAGUUAUUACAGAAACACACUAGAGCCAUCCCACGGGAAUCAAUCAAGGAGAUUAAGAAAGAGGAGCUCUCUGGAAGAGAAUGGACCCCACUAAGGCAAACUGAAAUCAGCACCAUUUAUCUAGGACAAUACUACAACUGUCCCGUGGCCAUAAAGGUGUUCAAUGGGCCCCAGGCAAACAGUGUUGAAAUAGUGAGGGGGGAAUUUUAUAAGGAGAUUAAGAGCAUGAAGAAAUUUGAUUCUCCCAAUGUUCUGCGUAUCUUUGGAAUUUGCAUCGAUGAAUCAGUUGCUACACCACGGUUCUCCAUCGUCAUGGAGUACUGUGAGUUCGGUACUCUCAGGGACCUGCUGGCUUCGAAGAAGGACCUGACGCUGACUCAGCGCAUCAUCCUGAUGCGAGGUGCUGCCAGAGGCUUGAACAGGUUGCACCGGUGUGAAGUUCCUGUGCUCCACGGAAAAAUCAAUAGUUCCAACUUCCUGGUGGCAGAGGGAUUUCAGGUGAAGCUGACAGGAUUUGAAUUGAGCACAACACAGAAUUCCAUCUCCAGAGAAAAGGAAAGAAAAAAAUACAGAAUUAAUUCCUCAGCGUACCUCUCACCGCGGAAAUUGGAGAAUGUGUUUAACAUAUAUAUAAUAAAAGAUGAAAUAUACAGUUUUGGAAUCGUCCUCUGGGAAAUUGCUACUGGGAAAAUCCCAUUUGAAGGUAAGCGGAAUCAAGGCUGGGGUCUUCUCUCUAAUUCUGUUGUCUCCGUGCCAGGCUGUAGUUAUGAUGAUGUCCACAAUCGUGUGGUCCAGAAAAAGGAUCCGGAACCACUGGGGAAAGAGUGCCCUUUCCAGCUGCAGGAGAUCAUUAACAGUUGCCGCGCCUUGGAACCCUCUGAACGCCCAUCUAUACAAGAUAUCAUAGAGAAACUUGAUUCCUUCCGCUAACCAUGUGCUGAAAAGGAAGAUAUGGAGUCCCUGCAUGAGAAGCAGAAUAAGGGACCAAC